GGGGCGUCAUGUCUUAUCAGCUCGUUGGUUCGUCCUGAAAGAAAACACGUUUUUUUGUGUGUGUUUUCUUUUUGUGGCUCAGCUAGCUUUCUGCAGGAAAUCUGACCACCUGCAUCGACUAAAGGCUGUUCAGAUCACUGUUGCGGUGAUUCCCAGACUCUGAUCCUGUGGUCAGACUGACUUUGACUUCACCGUCUUGGGUGAUGUUAGUCCUUGUUCUGCUCUUUGAGAUGGAGCUGCUCUCUAACCAGGAUGUGAUGCAGGUGGAGGAUUGGUUCAUGAGCUGCCACGCCGAGCAGAACGAGGACUCCAGUCACAAACCAAUAUUUACUGUCAGGAAAUACAAUGUAUAUGACGUCUUCCAAACAGUCGACUGUUCAAAGCAGAGGUGCAGGAAAAGCAUCGUCAUCCUCGGUCAUGGCCGGAAACAAAAACUGGGAUGGCGCCGGCGGGAUGGACCAGAUAACAGUGGUGAGAAUAGAUGACACUCACAUCGCUGAAGAGGAGUCGCACGUUGAUGGGAAGGUGUUCUACGAGGUGGAGUGCUCGGUGCCUGCGGAGGAGGAGGUCGUGGGAGAGGAUGACGAUGAUGGCGUCUACGUCAUCGAGUAUUCAAACCCUGAAGAGGAGGGAGAGAGUUACCAGUUCACGAUGUCCGUAGAUCGGUCGCUCCCAGCGAAAGAGCCAAUUGUUAAAACUCCGGUGGUCAGCGAGAACCCCGGAGCUCUGCUGCCGUCAAGACCGGCGAGGUUGCGACCUCAGGUGAGCCAGAAGAGGAGGUUGGUAGCCGAGGAAGAGGAGAUCAAAAGCGAGGAGCUGGUGGUGAGCAAUAAGAGCGUGCUGGCGCUGGGAGAGGAUUACAGCGACGUGAUGGAGAUGAACUCGGGCUCAGGUAAAAAACUGGUGUGCACGAUGUGCCCGCCACCCGGCAAGUUUUUCAAGAGGGCGUCUGGGCUGGCGGUACAUUUAAAGCAGAUGCACCACAUGGAGGGGAAGAAGACGUUCUUCUGCACCUCCUGCCAGCAGUCGCUUCGCACUCAGAUCGAGCUGGACGCGCACACAAGGCGCCACGCCAACCAGGACGCCGUGUUCGUCUGCCGCCUCUGCGCAGCCGAGGAGGAAGCCGGCACAGAGGAGAAGAAGGGGUUCAAAGGGUCGAGGUGGGGCCUGAAGAAGCACCUGGAGAAGGAGCAUCCGGGUGUUAUCCCGCGCUGCGACAUCUGCAACAAAGGCUUCAAGACGCUCGUGUCGUACCUCGCCGACCAGUUCAGGCACGUCGGGGUGUCGCCAUACUACUGCGCCAAGUGUCAGAUCUACGAAAUGACUGAGCGGGGUCUGAGCGUGCACAUCAGAAACCACAACAAGAAGAAGAUGACUGAGCAGAAGGCUAAUGAAAGCCGCCUGCAGACUUUUGAAGUCUCUGCCGGUGCUGAUAACUCGGCGACAGACGACUCCGACUUCUGACGCUCCAGACUCACCGUUUAGCUUCGUGUUCGAGCGAAGCGGCAGCGGCUCACAGACGUCAGGGUCAAAUCCUACAUUUUAUGCAUCUGAACUGAACUUUGGGCAAAAAAACUUUUCCCCUAACAGUUAGAAAACCUUUUUUGUGUGUGUGUGUGCAGUUAAUGACCAAACAUGUUACUGCUUAAGUAGAAGUGUCCAGGAAUUAUUUGAAUUCCCUUCCUUUAUUUUCAAGUAGGAAUAAUCCUAGUUGAUGAAACGGGACAAAAAACUUGUCUCAGAGAAAAACGUCCAGAAACGGUCAGAAUCAGCACAGGCUAAACAUCGUCCAUAUAACUACUGCGUGUGUAUUUAAAACCCAUUUUACACGUUUAAUCACAGUCUUCAGUAACCAUCUUUUUUAAAUGUUGCUGAUAUAUGUGGCGCACACACACACAGUCAGAUUAGUCUUCUUACCUUGCAGGAUAACCCGUAAUGAUCAGAGCUGUGAUUCCAUCAGAAGCGACUUCCAGGGUCCAUCAGGUCUGUUUUUAAAAGAAAGUUGCAUUAAGCAGCACAGAGUAGGCGAUUAGGUCAGGAAGUCAGAGACAGGAACAGCAUAAAGAAUUUGAUUCAAUUCAAUUUUAUUUAUAUAGCGCCAAAUCACAACAAAAGUCGCCUCAAGGCGCUUUAUAUUGUACAGUAGAUCGUACAAUAAUAAAUACAGAGAAAACCCAACAAUCAUAUGACC